AUGGAACAAAAUAAUAAAUCACCUUAUCAAGAUCAAACGCAGAUUCGUUUAUCGCAACAUGCAAAUUUGGCAAAAUUCUUUAUGGAUACAAUGGCAGAAUAUCGUAAUCUACAAAUGGAAAAUGUGAAAAAAUAUAGAGAGAGAAUUAUUAGUCAAUAUCAAAUUGUGAAAUCUGAUGCCACGGAAGAAGAAAUAAAUGAACUUCUUGGUGAAAAAUCAGGAGAGUUCCUUAUAUUACGGUUGUUUUCAACAACAUCAGAUCAAAAGCGUUUAAUUGUUUCGGAAAUUCAAGAUCGUCAUCGCGAUGUCCAUAGGAUUGAAAAAUCAAUUAAUGAACUAAAUAAAAUGUUUAGUGAAGUUCAAGCACUUGUAAUAGAACAAGCAAUAAAUAUUCCAUUAGCAAAAGGAGCAAAUAUUAUUGAUGAAGAAUUAGGCAAAAAUGAAAUAAAACCAGAUUAUCUAUCAAAAAAAUCUAAUGAGUCUUUCUCAAGACUUAAAACACCUUAUAAUAAUUAUACAUAG